AAAAGCAGGUUAUUAUGAGCACAACAGACAUGUCCUAGCUGGUUGUGAAAAGGGGGAGCUUAUUGUCCAUAAACGUCCAAAGUAUGGUGAGAAACAUCAUAUUAAACAGUACAUGUUUUGCUCAGAUUGUAGAGGUCUGUACAAAAAAACUGCUCUGUACAGGCACAAAAAGAUGUGCCCACGUCAUAAACCUAACAAGAAAAGGACAAGGCAUUUGAGGGCAGGAGCUGCUCUCAUGCCAGUAUCAGAGAAUGUUACAAGACAUCUGAAUGGUGUCCUGGAUGGAAUGGAACAUGACCAAAUCAGUCUAAUUGCAAGAAAUGAUAGCUUGAUAUUAAAAUUGUGUGAACACUAUGCUGCAGCUGCUGGACAUACCAAUAACAGCAACCACUAUGUAUCUCAGAAAAUGAGAGAAGCUGCCCGCUUGUUGAACACUGCACGCACCCUUGAUGACAAUAUCUGUAUCGCAAAGGAUCUAGUCAAUCCAAGAAAUUUCGAUACAGUAGUUGAGGCUACUUUAAAGUGCUCAAACUUUGAUGACAGCACAUUUGAGUUUUCAACUCCAUCCCUAGCCAGGAAACAUAGACACAUACUGAAUAGAAUGGCUGAGAUAAUUUGUGCAGUGGCUUUAAAAACGGGGCUUUCUGAUAACAGUGGUGCAGGGUUUAAAAGACUCAUGCAGCUGGAAUGGCCAACAAGGGUGUCAGGUCAUGCUUUGCGGCAGGCAGCCAACUCUAAUUGGAAUGAGCCAAAGAGGCUUCCCCUUACAAAGGACAUCAUGAAGCUUCAUCAACAUAUGUGCAAAGAAGAGCGUGAAAUAAAGGGCCAAACAAAGCAGUAUGGAAUUAGUUGGGAGACCUUUUCACAAUUGGCAAAGUUAACCCUGGCCCAGUUGAUUGUUUACAAUCGACGACGCCCAGGAGAGACACAAUUUCUGAAGGUUGAGACCUACAGAAAAAAGAAAUCACGUGGAAUGGACGCAAAUAGUGAUGUUGUGGACUCUCUGUCCCUCUCUGAAAGACUUUCUAUCGAAAGACUUAGUGUAGUGUACAUACGGGGAAAGAGAGACAGAGGAGUGCCGCUUCUACUGACUCCUAGUGUUAGGGAGUCAGUAGAUGUUCUAGUGGGAUCACGUGAGGAAGUCGGAAAAACCAGAAAAUCCAUAUGUGUUUGCUAGAACCAGUGCAGAUUCGUUGGGACCACAUAGGGGCUAUGAUUGUUUACGUUUACAAGCGCACAAGUGUGAAGCUGAACACCCUGAAACAAUCACCUCAACUAGACUUAGGAAGCAUGG